AAACGACAAUGGCUCACAUAACUACGAUACCAACUUUGACGCGCUCGUCGUCUUUCUCGUCCUCUCACGCGAAAGCGCUUAAACCGUUUGAUUCCGGUGAUAUAAAAAUUUUGCUAUUGGAAAACAUAAACCAGGCUGCCAUUGAUAUUUUAUCUGGUGAAGGAUAUCAGGUUGAAGCAUAUUCAAAAUCUCUCCCAGAAGAAGUUCUUAUAGAAAAAAUUCGUGAUGUUCAUUGCAUUGGGAUUCGAUCUAAAACUCAAUUAACGCGCAAAGUCCUCGCGGAAGCAAAAAAACUCUUAGUAAUCGGAUGUUUCUGUAUCGGAACAAAUCAAGUCGAUCUAGAAGCUGCUGCUAGACAGGGUAUUGCUGUGUUCAAUUCUCCCUUUAGCAACAGUAGAAGUGUUGCAGAAUUGGUUAUUGGUGAGAUUAUUUUUCUAUCUAGACAAUUAGGUGAUCGUAAUAUUGAGAUGCAUCAAGGAAUUUGGAAUAAAAUUUCAACAAAUUGUUAUGAAAUUCGAGGAAAGACUCUUG